GAAAACGAACUUUGAACUGCCUCUGCUACAGCAAAGCAAAGAAGCCAAAUAACCAACGUGAUUUUAUAGCACAUGUUGCGUUUUACACCGCUUAAGAAACUUUACGACGCUCCCUAAUCACCACUACCAACGUGACCUUUGCCCUUUUGUCGUGUUGCUCGCUACCGUAGCAUGCAGUGGGUAACAACCGGAGGACGGUGCACGCUCCGACACAGCCACAUUAUCAAAGACGUGCUCAGACAUUUACCGAGAUUUGUGGCUCGUCGGAACAUGUCGUCGUCUCAAGCGAAGCGGCCGGUUUCCUUACUGGGAACUAUGGCGUUUGGUGGUCGCGCUGACGCCAAGCAGAGCCUGGAGAUGGUGCAGGCUUUCCUGGACAGAGGACACAAACAGCUGGACACAGCCUUCAUGUAUGUAGAUGGGAAGUCAGAGACGGUCAUAGGAGACAUGAAUCUCCCCAAAACAGUAAGCAUCGCGACCAAGGCCAGCCCCUGGGAAGGGAAUACGCUGAAGCCAGAGGGUGUGCGCUCCCAGCUGGAAACCUCCCUUCAGAGGCUGCGGACCGAUUGUGUGGACCUUUUCUACCUCCAUGCCCCUGACCAUCAAAACCCCAUCCAGGAUACUCUGAGGGCCUGCAAUGAACUACACAAAGAGGGAAAAUUCAAGGAGUUUGGCCUGUCAAACUAUGCAUCGUGGGAAGUGGCUGAAAUUGUGUGCAUCUGCAGACACAACAACUGGAUUGUUCCCACUGUUUAUCAGGGGAUGUACAAUGCCACUACAAGACAGGCUGAGAAAGAGUUGCUGCCAUGUCUGAGAUACAACGGAAUGAGAUUCUACGCAUACAACCCUUUAGCAGGUGGACUUCUGACAGGAAAAUAUCAUUACGAAGACAAAGAUGGUUCCCAGCCUGCUGGACGAUUCUUUGGUAACAGCUGGGCCACAAUAUAUCGGGACAGAUACUGGAAGCAGAGUCAUUUCCAGGCCAUAGAUGUGGUUCUGAAGGCCUUGGAGACAGUGUAUGGCUCAGAAAAACCCACCCUGACAUCUGCUGCUAUGCGCUGGAUGUACCACCACUCCCAACUUAAGGGUGAGCUUGGAGAUGGAGUCAUCAUUGGCAUGUCAAGCAUGGAGCAACUUCAACAGAACUUGGUGGCUACAGAGGAGGGUCCUCUGGAUGAGAGAGUGGUUGCUGCCUUCAACGAAGCCUGGAAUCUUGUGGCCCACGAGUGUCCAAACUACUUCCGAUAAGGGUCCUCUUUUUACCAUAGAGCCAAAGUCUCCAUUAGAGUCCAAUCAAAUGUUCAAAAAAGUUUUUUUACAGAGAAUAGAUCUGCUAAAG